CAAGUUUAGUACUUGCACUUUGACCUAUCAGUCAUUCGCGCCUGCGCACAUCCACCAAAUUACCGGAAAUUUGAACGUGUAUGCUCACUACAUUUGAUCUCGGGUGUUCUAUUUUACAAGAUCGUAAAGGCUCCUACAUACAAUGGCUAUCAAUGUUGUUUCAACGUCUGUGACCUCUGAAAAUAUCAGCAGGCAUGAAAUGGUAAGGUGGGUCAACGACAGUCUGGGCAUGAGCAUUUCAAAGGUGGAGAAUCUCUGUACUGGGGCCGCUUAUUGUCAGUUCAUGGACAUGCUUUUUGAAAAUUGCAUUACAUUGAAGAAGGUCAAGUUCGAUGUAAAACAGGAGCAUCAGUUUAUAGAAAACUUCAAGCUAUUACAGAAAGCGUUCAAGAAAUGUGGGGUGGACAAGGUAAUACCCGUGCAAAAGCUUGUCAACGGCAAGUUUCAAGACAACUUUGAAUUUGCACAGUGGUUCAAGAAAUUCUUUGAUGCGAACUAUAACGGGGAGGAAUAUAAUGCAGCCGAUGCUAGGGGAGGUGCAGGAAUGGCAGCUCCAAAGAAAGCCGCCACUACAGUGAUGAAAGCCAAACCGGCGGCAGCACCCACAAGAAAAGCAGCAGCACCAAAACCAGCACCAUCAAAACAAGCACCAUCAAAAGUAGGAGCGUCAAAUAAAGGGGGAGCAACAAAUGCGCAGGUCACAGAUCUACAAAUGCAGCUCGACGAGUCAUUAAUGACAAUUACUGGACUUGAGAAGGAGAGGGAUUUCUACUUUGGCAAGCUACGAGAUAUUGAGGUCAUCUGCUCAGAAUUUGAAAAUGAGCCCCAUUCAGGCAUCACAAGAGUAUUAGACAUCUUAUACGCAACAGAGGAUGGCUUUGAGCCCCCUGAAGAGGAGCUUGCUGCCGAUGGCGACGCCGGUGGAGUCGACUACCAACCAGAAGAGCUCUUGGAUCCAGAACAGGAGGAGUAUUAGAACCACGCCCUAGCCCCGCCCCGUCCUCCACAGCAGCAGAAGAUUUUUAUUUGGGUAUAGGCAGAAUAUCGGUGAUGCCUCCAUCACAGAUGACAAGAAGUUUGUAUAUAUAUCUAUUACAUAAACGUGUAUGAUUGUUGUAUCAUAAAGACUGAAGGGAGAGGCUAUUCUUAAGUUAUAGUUGUAGUAUUAAAUUAGAGUUGAGGGAACUCUCUAAGCAAUGAAUUUUAGUGUAGCAAACACGGAUGGCGAGAAAAUCCGAUGAUUUGGGGGGAAGAUUAGUUCUCAGCCUUCUGACCCGGAUGCAUGCUUCUCGGGUUAAUCUUUUGAUCAUAAGACAGAUCACCGUCAUCGACCUAUUACUAUAGUGUAUAGUGCUCAUUUAUCGUACAGUUAGGCACAUUGGCUUGGACUUGAAGAAGUGCAGCAUUGUCAAGUGCAAAUCCUACAGCAUGACAUACAGUACGCUUGAACAUUUGCGAGGGAAUGAAUGAGCUCUAAAGAUAUUUACUGUAUUGUCAAGACUAUUUCUUAUCAUUUUGUGUGCUCUUACAAAAACUAUGCAGUCGAUGUGAACUGCUGUAAUUGUUAUUACAAGUUUUCCCAUUUUGCGUGGCAUUUCACAACACACAGACAUUACUCAUUCUGAUGUUUUGAUGACGAAAGUGACUUUCAUCUUGCAAUGGUUAAUCAUUACCUAAUGAAGUAUGGGUGCAGGCCAGGGUACUCUCUUCACGCUUCCAAAAAUGUCCUAAAAUUCUGUAAUCAGAGUCAAUUUCUUAUCUUACGGAACUUGGUCAGAAAACCCCUUUUUAUAUCACUUCUAUCGAAUGGGAGUAUCCCUAAAUAAAUAGACAUACAGUAGUUAUAUGUAUUGUACGCAUUUAUUUUAUUUGGCAUUAUUUCUGUUUUAAUAGUUGAUCUACUUAUUUUGACAAUGUCCUAUGCAUUUAUUGGUAGCAUUUUUGGUAUUAUCUGUAAAAUCUAGCACUUCUCGACUUUCGUAGUUUACCAUUUAUGCUGUCAUAUUGUCUAGCAAUGUAGGGGAUGAUGAAUUUAUAAUAACUUACGCAUUCCUUAUUAUUUUGCUGAUUAUUAUAAAGCUACAUGUAUGUAAUCGCAUUUACAGACUAUAGCCGUGUUUGAACUUUGAUAGUUAUUGAUUUCUGUUUGUGUGUAAUAAUUGAUAUUUUGAUAAUGACGCAUCCAUGUAUUUAAAUCCCUCUUUCUCGAAGGAAAGCUUCAAGUCUUAUUUCCUGUUUUGGCCAUCAAUUGCCUUGUUAAAUUGCAUAGUACCAAGUGUGAAUUUUCAUUGUGAAACUGAUCUAAUUUGGUUUUUAUGGGUAAUUUAAGGCAUGUUCAUUCUCUGGCAAUUUCCUACAAUCCUACAACUUCAGAUGUUGGGGGAAAUGCCAGUGGCAGUAUUUUUGUGUGGUAUUACUUCACCCACAUUUUCUUUCUGGUUUUGCUUGAAUGAAAAAACAGGAAUACGUGUCUGGCUAUCAUUGAAAACCUCUUUGCUUCCUCCUAAAAUUAUGUGUUAAUGAUGUUUGUUUUUAUUAUUUUAAUUAUUAUUUUGUUUGUAUUGUGGAUUGAUUAAUACAUUGCUAAUGAGUUGUCAGUUUUGCUUUAUUGGUAUUUUUUUUACAAUGUAUAGAUCCUGUUAUGCAAAUGAACAGGGUUUUAUUCAAAUGACAAAUCCAUAGUAUUAGAUAAUGAUAACAUGGUCGAGUUGCUGCAAAUUACUUAAUAUAAUGGGCUAGAUCGAUGGUUGGGAAAAGCCUUUUCUCUACGAACAUGAAUAUGUAUGUGUCCUCUUAUUAACCCCUUCUGGUUUAGGAAAGAUAUAAAAACCAUAGUAUAAAGUGUAGAAGUACAAAUGGAAAAGGGUGCAUCAGUAAAAGCCCAGAAAGCUUUAUAAUAAAUGCCCCAGGUACACUAAUAAUAAUAAUAUUGGCAGUAAUACAACAAUAAUUUACAGCAAUAUUAGUUUUGUUUGUUUAGGAGAGAAAGAAACGGAUAUGAAGUGCCUCUUUGUGUGAUGGAAUAGAACAAGAGAGAAUGCAAAUUCUUAGCGGGAAAAUGUAAAACAGUCUCUCUUUUUUUAAUAUAUGGAAAGAAUAUGCUUCCUUUUUGGACAGACUAUUUGAUUCCUUCUGUUCUGUACAUUCAGUGUAUAACGACCAUUUGGAAUAACUAUGGGGAUGGUUUAUGAUGAAACUAAUAACAAACUGUGUUGGAUGUGCUAAGGAAAAGAUAAAGUCAAUGUUUACACCCAAAUGUUGCACACAUUUGUAGAUCAAUUAGUAUUAGCUCAAUUUUGAAACAAUACACUUGCUUCUUUUAAUCACUUACGAUGUUGAUCAUUUCAAUGAUAUAACAACGAAUAAAGUAACUGUACUUUGCUAUUUAAGGAUAUGAAGAUGUAAAAAUAUGCACUUUUGAUACAUGUCACCUGUCCUUGCUUUAUGUGCCAAGUAUGGUGCCCUUAAAAUCUACUAUUCUAGUUCUUGAUCCACAUUUUUUUUAGUGUUCUGUUUAUUUAUAUGCUUUCAUUUCUAAUUCCUUUUCUAAAGCAAGGUGAUUUUGUUUUCUGAUUUAAAUGUUAUUCCUAAACCAUAGAGUACUGUCUUGUUGAUGUAAAACUCUAAAAUGCUCAUUCACUUGCAAUUUGGGGUUCAUUUUUGUAGAUACUGUCAAUUCGGAUCUCAAUGAAUUUUUUCUUUCUAUUUUCUGUUUUCCUAAUUUGGGGAUUUCAGUACAUACAUGUAUGCCUGCAAUGUUGGAACUAUUGCAGAUGACGUCAAUUUGAUGCUGUUUCGAUGUGCACUAUGAGAUUCUCCCUUAGUACAUUUAUAUUAGAAUGCAUCAAUAUGUUUGAAUGUUAUCAUAAGUUAAGGUACACAUAUCAACUGAAAAUACUGGCACCAUAUUUGAAUUGUAAAUUGAUGAUUAUUGAAUAACUUGGUGAAAGAAUUUGGAUUACGGUAAUUACGGAUUAAGUAAUGACUAAGCAUGUACAUCACUAUUCCUUUGGUGUUAUUAAGUUACUGGCUAAUUGUGCAUCUAAUGUGCAUCUAUUUCACGGUAUGGAUCUGUGUACAUCUAUGUUUAACUUGGCUUUUUUUGCCUCCUCUCCAUAUACAAAAUUUAAAUGAUAUGUUAUUUAACAACAUGUAAGAAUAGUCUGCUGCUUUAUAUAAAAAAUAGUUAAAUAUUGUUCCUGAGGUUGAACAAAAGGAAGAUGAAAAAGAGACCAGUUUGCAUGGGAAACCAUUCAAAAAUUGGUAAGAAUUGCUCCAUGAGUGGGCAUAUUUUACAGAAUUUUGCAAAGACUUAAUGUAAAUUGUGAAAUAUGGAAAUUGUUUGUGUUGUUUUACCUAAUCCGACUGUCGUGAAUAUCAUGAUGAUAUUUAUGAUGGUUCUUUUGAAUGACGGAUAUUAUUGAAAUACAGGUCGAAUGACAUGUUUAAAUCCAG